AUGAGCCCUCACUCAACCUCUGCGCCUCUCUACAAUGGGCCUCCCCUGGACGACCACAAUCGUACGUUCCUCGAAUGGAAACCGCUGUCCAUCAGCCAGGCUGAUGUCCAUGAAUUUACUCAGUUCUAUAUGAACAAGGCUUAUGUGCCUUCUGAUCUUGAGCGGUCUAUUUUGAGCAUUCUCGACGACGACGUUCAAGUCGACAAGUUGAAGCAACCUGAGCUUUACCAUGUUGAGGAUGGCCUUGCAGUGCGGCACAAGAAGGUCAAGUACCACGACGGCGACUGCUUGGACAUCUUACUGGCCGACGUUAGGUCCAUCGCCAGCCAGUACCGCACGGCCAUGAUCCCAUCGUCGUUGGUGAUCACUGCGGCGGAGUAUGACGCCUUUCUAUGGGCUAACCAUUAUAUGGUGAAACUGUCGGAAGUAUUUUUGGACGACAAACAAAUUUGGGAUCUCAUCCGAGUUAUUUCGAGCAAUGCCAAGGCCUCCGGACAACCAUGCUCUGUCGCGGCUAUCGACGCCACCAUCAAGGAUGCCCUAGCAACGCGUCACCUGCGUUCGCUUGCUCAGCCGACUCCGCUCCCACCCGAUCGCAUCUGUUCAAUGCCGCCGUCGUUGAUGCUACUGCCAGUCCCGUUGGCGCACCUCGCGGACGUGGUCGUGGCGCCCCGUCGAAGCGCGAUCCUUCUCGCAGUCGUAGUCGCAACCGCGGUGGAGAUAACCGCAAUUGCACUUGGCGCGAUGAAGGCUAUCGAGUCCGUAGCCGCCGAGGCGUUUCACCGACAUCACACUCUAGUAGGGCACGUCGUACUCAAGUUACGCUCAACUCCGCUAGCCAUUCCGACUGUCCUCAUGUUCCGUCAUCGAUUACCAUCGAGAAGUGUGUCGUUUCGCCCAACUCCAGUGAUCGUGUUGAUGCCCCAGGUGGUUUGUAUCGUAGCCACCGUGACGUUGUUUCGUCUUCUGAUAUCGGUGUUACCCUUGUGUCCACUGGCUCCGUGGUACCUGUCCAUCGUCCUGGUAAUCUGUCCCGUCGCGGCGAUGUUGAUCGUGGUGCUACUCCUACCCGUUGUGACCACUCUCGAAUUGGCACCGGCGACAGGGCGCACAAUUCCCUGCUUCAUGGUCGACUUGGUCAUGUGGUUACGGUUACUACUACUGCACCUCCCAGCUCUGGUCGUCGUGUGGACCGAGAUGACCAUCACCGACCCUCGAAGCGUGUGUGCCGGACUCCACCAUCGUCGCAUCCCCAGCGUGACACCAGCGCCCCAGAUUCCAUUUUGGACCAAGUUGUACCUCCCACCGCUUUUUGCCCUCAAAGUCAUGUUGACGGGCCAUGCUUCUAGCCCUGAAAAUCAUGAUCUCCCCUCCUCAGUGAUCUACCCCCCUGGCAAGUUUGCUGCUCUUUCUGAACACUGGAUCGUGGACUCAGGCGCCACAAGCUCGUGCAUCCCGUACCAGGAUUAUUUUUCCUCCUAUGUGCCUUGCGCGCUAUCGCUUACUGUUGGCAACGGGUCAAAGCUCCCCGUAGUUGGGUAUGGCUCCAUUUCUAUGGAAACGCUCAUGUCUGCCACUGAUGUCACGUUUCCCAUGCGUUCGCGGGCCCUCCGCCUCAAGUUUGGUCUCCAUUGCCCUCAAUUAAGAUUCAAUCUACUCUCCGUGGCACAUGCCGCUGACGAUGGAUACGCCAUUGCUUUCCCCUCCCGUGUGCGUCCACCAACGCAAUGGGAUUGUUCUCCUUUCAUGCCAUUCCAUAUGGACGUUUGA